UCUUCACUCCAGCACGCGAAGUCUUCGAAACCUUAUAUAAUUCCAUCAAAUCAAAGAAUUGGGCCGUCUGGGGAUUUGGUGGGUCAUUGAAAAUAAAUGGCGAAUCUUUAUGUGGAAGCGGUGCCACCGGCGGAUCUCAAUCGGAACACCGACUGGUUUAUGUAUCCCGGUGUAUGGACUACCUAUAUUCUAUUCCUCUUCUUCUCCUGGCUCCUUGUUCUCUCCAUCUUCGGUUGCUCUCCUGGCAUGGCUUGGACCAUCGUUAAUCUCGCCCAUUUCCUGGUCACGUACCACUUCUUUCACUGGAAGAAGGGAACCCCAUUUGCUGAUGAUCAAGGAAUUUACAAUAGCUUGACUUGGUGGGAGCAGAUAGACAACGGAAAGCAGCUAACACGCAACAGAAAGUUUUUAACUGUUGUACCAGUUGUGCUAUACCUGAUCGCCUCCCAUACAACAGACUACCAACAUCCUAUGCUCUUCCUGAAUACACUAGCAGUGAUCGUGCUCGUCAUUGCUAAGUUCCCCAACAUGCACAAGGUCAGGAUCUUUGGAAUCAAUGCAGAUAUGUGAGUCAGCCCCCCCCCCCCCCCCGUUUAGAAUACUCGGUCUUACCUGAUAUAAA